AUGGAGGAAAUCUAUGCCAAUGAUGACAAUGAUACACCAGAGGACAAAAGACCUUCAACAUAUAAGACAGAUCACCUAUCAGCUUGGGAAUCAUCUGCAGAGUUCUCUGUCAUCAAAGCCAAUCUUAGUGAGAGUCUCCAGGCCAUUGAUAACCAGCUGUCAACCCUGAACACACAGAGAGACCUGCUGAAAGUCGUCUUCGCUGAAAUGACCAAAGAGCUGACCAAACUUCAGAAGAGAACUUGUCCUCCUGGAUGGAAGACGUUCCAUUGUUCCUGUUAUCUCUUCUCCACACAGGAAAAGUCUUGGGAAGAAAGCAGACAAGACUGCAGAGCCAGAGGAGCAGAUCUGGUGGUGAUAGAAAGUCUUGAAGAACAGAAGUUUCUCAGUAGCAACAUCAAGGCGCACUCUUGGAUUGGUUUGAGCGACAGAGACAAUGAGGGGACAUGGAAAUGGACGGAUGGCACUCUGCUGGCUAAGGCGUACUGGUGGAGUGGGCAACCUGACAACGUGCGUGAAGAAGACUGUGGUCAGGCCAGAAUUAACCUGAAUGAGGAGGGAAACUGGAAUGAUCUGAGAUGUGAGCUUUCCUGUUCUUGGAUCUGUGAAAAAUUGGCCUAGCGUUUGUUGAGAUUCAACGUAAUAUUUGUUUUGCUUUUAGUGGUUCCUUCACAAAGGACGUUAUUGCAAUUGCUUUGUAGAGAGAAAGAGAUGGCAUGAUCCAAACAUUUCAACAGCUGGAGAUUAGCAGAGGCAAUCUUGACACAAAUAAUUAAUUUUAAUGUGACGCACAGUGACCAAGAGAAAACAUGACACAACCAGACUUGUCACAACAUGCCAACCUGAUGAUGUGCCACCAAAUGAUUAACCAGGACAGAAAUACGGUCUCAUAUCACCCCCAUGUUAUGAUCCCCCUACUGGCUCCCUGUUACCUCUAGAAACCAGUUUAUAAUUCUCAUUCUCACCUACAAAUCCCUCCACGUCAGGCCCCAGAUUACUUUAUUGAACUACUUCACCCUCACCAGCCGACCCGUUCCCUCAGAUCUGGAA